AAUUUCCGUCAGGCAUCUGAAGGGACAGUCUUUCGGGCUUUUUAAUCAUCCUUGCCUCUCGUUGACAUUUCAUGCUGUAGCUCUUAUUCAAUAACACUCUGAGGUUCAUCAGGAUGACUCGAACAGACAGGUUUUAAAAGCUGUGUUUGGGGGUUUAAAGACUCGGUUGGGGUCUGGAGGAUGUCUCAGGUGCUGAGGCUUCUCUCGGCGGCCGCCCUGCCUCUCUGCCGGCGGCCUGGAGCCGCCCGAGCUCGGCUCUUUGCGGUAACCGCUGGUCGGCUCUUCUCAGCCGGAUUCCGAAGCUCUGCUGCCCCGAACUUUUCUCGGUCUCCAUCAAACUUCCUCUCCUGUCGUAGAUUCCAGGCGGCUCAGAGACGUCUCUACUCCUCUGAACCUAAAGAUGGUAAGGGUGGAGGGAAGAGAGGAGGAGGAGGAAAGGACUGGUGGAGCAGAUUACAAAAGGGAGACUUCCCCUGGGACGAGAAGGAGUUCCGUUACCUGGCGGUGGCCGCGGCGGGGAUCAGUUCGGCUCUGCUCUACGUUUACUUCAGAGACAACGGCAAAGAGAUCAGCUGGAAGGAGUUCGUGCACCGCUACGUGGGCCGAGGGAUGGUGGAGCGGUUAGAAGUCGUCAACAAACAGUACGUCAGAGUGAUCCUGGUCCCGGGAGCCGACUCCGACACGAACUACGUGUGGUUCAACAUCGGCAGCGUGGACACCUUCGAGAGGAACCUGGAGGCGGCUCACUAUGAGCUCGGGUUGGAGUCCUCGCACAGACCGGCUGUGAUCUACAGCACAGAGAGCGACGGCUCCUUCCUGUUCAGCAUCGUCCCCACGCUGCUCCUCGCCGGCUUCCUGCUCUACACGCUGCGGCGAGGGCCGAUGGGGGGAGGCCCCGGCGGCGGGAGGGGAGGGCCCUUCAGCAUGAGCGAGUCCACGGCGAAGAUGAUGAAGGACAACAUCGACGUGAAGUUCAAAGACGUGGCGGGCUGCGAGGAGGCCAAGCUGGAGAUCCUCGAGUUCGUCAACUUCCUGAAGAACCCGCAGCAGUACCAGGACCUCGGGGCCAAGAUCCCCAAGGGCGCCGUGCUGUCCGGACCUCCGGGCACGGGGAAGACUCUGCUGGCUAAAGCCACCGCCGGAGAAGCCAACGUCCCCUUCAUCACCGUCAACGGCUCCGAGUUCCUGGAGAUGUUUGUGGGCGUGGGUCCUGCCAGGGUGAGGGACAUGUUCGCCAUGGCGAGGAAGAACGCCCCCUGCAUCCUCUUCAUCGAUGAGAUCGACGCCGUGGGGAGGAAGAGAGGCGGGGGGAACUUUGGAGGUCAGAGCGAGCAGGAGAACACGCUGAACCAGCUGCUGGUGGAGAUGGACGGUUUUAACACGGCGACUAACGUGGUGGUCCUGGCUGGAACCAACAGACCGGACAUCCUGGAUCCUGCUCUGAUGAGGCCGGGACGCUUCGACAGACAGAUCUACAUCGGUCCUCCUGACAUCAAAGGCAGAGCGUCCAUCUUUAAAGUCCACCUGAGACCCAUCAAGCUGGACCCCAGCAUGGACAAAGACGUCCUAGCCAGGAAGAUGGCCGCGGCCACGCCGGGGUUCACCGGAGCCGACAUCGCUAACGUCUGUAACGAGGCUGCGCUGAUCGCCGCCCGACACCUGGACCCCUCGGUCAACGCCAAACACUUUGAGCACGCCAUCGACCGAGUCAUCGGAGGUCUGGAGAAGAAGACUCAGGUCCUGCAGCCCACAGAGAAGAAGACGGUGGCCUAUCAUGAAGCGGGACACGCCAUCGUGGGCUGGUUCCUGCAGCACGCCGACCCCCUGCUGAAGGUGUCAAUCAUCCCCCGAGGUAAGGGUCUGGGUUACGCUCAGUACCUGCCCAGAGAGCAGUACCUGUACAGCAAAGACCAGCUCUUCGACAGGAUGUGCAUGAUGCUGGGGGGCCGAGUGGCCGAGCAGACCUUCUUCGGCAAGAUCACCACCGGAGCUCAGGACGACCUGAAGAAGGUCACACAGUCCGCCUACGCCCAGGUGGUUCAGUUCGGGAUGAGCGAUAAGGUGGGGCAGGUGUCGUUCGAUCUUCCCCGGCAGGGCGAGAUGGUGAUGGAGAAGCCGUACAGCGAGGCCACGGCGGAGCUCAUCGACGAGGAGGUCAGGGAGCUGGUGGAGCAAGCGUACCAGAGAACCAUGCUGCUCAUCCAGGAGAAGAAGGAGCUGGUGGAGCUGGUGGGGCAGCGUCUCCUCCAGAAGGAGGUCCUGGACAAGGCCGACAUGCUGGAGCUGCUGGGCCCGAGACCGUUCGAGGAGAAGUCGACGUACGAGGAGUUCGUGGAGGGGACGGGGAGCUUCGAGGAGGACACGAGUCUGCCAGAGGGCCUCAAAGACUGGAACCAGGAGCGGGGAGGAGAGGAGGCGGAGGAGGCGAAGCAGACUCAGGAGAAGCAGCAGGCCGUGUAGAGACAGGAGAGCUCAGUGCUGCAGAGCCUGGAGGGUUUCAUCAAUGAGUCACUGUGGUUCUCUCAGAUUAUUAAACGUUAUUUAUUUCACCUCACAGUCAGAACUUCUCAGGUUUAAUGACACCUUUAAGACCACUUCACAGGUUUCACGUUUCCUCUAUUUGACUUAUUUUGUUGUUGAACGACUGAAAGUUCGUUUUUACCGACAGUUACAGAUCCAGAUGUUUCUCCAGGGUGAAAACGUUCACAUGAACUUCCUGUUCUUGUUGCUGACUGGCUCCGAAAAGCAUCAGACAUCAUUACAGAGAGGAUCCUGACAGAGACAGAGCUCUUCGUUUGAAUGUACUGGUGUCCUUAAGAGCGCCUGAGGAAAUAUAUAUAACUAUUAACCAUUUAAUACCCAAGAUAUGUAAGAAAAGAGAGGAGAUAACUGCUUAAAAACUGGCACACUUCCCCUUUAAGACUCACUAAAUGUGGGCCCUUUGUAUAACAGUUUCAUUAUAAACUAAGAUGCUUUACACGGAUGUACAAAAAGACCAAAAAGGCUAUUAAAGAGAAGUUUCUAAUUUAAAGCUCCAGUGAGGAACGUUAUGUUUGGCGCCCCCUGUGGACAAAGUGAUACCUCGUGAUUGAUCUUGUCCUGUACACGUCAACGUUUUUUUUCCUGAUCCUGCUUUCUUUUAACCAUCAAACUUAAAGCUCAAGUUUUAAAUUUAAAGCACCAGUGAGAGACGUUAUGUUUGUGUGCACUUUGGCGCCCCCUGUGGACAAAGUGGUACUUCUUCCUUCAUCUUGUCCUGUGCACAUCAAAGUCGCGUUUUCUGACCCUGCUUUCUUUUAACCAUCAAACUUAAAGCUCAAGUUUUAAAUUUAAAGCUCCAGUGAGCGACUUUAUGUUUGUGUGCACUUUGGCGCCCCCUGUGGACAAAGUUAUACUUAUUCGCUGUUUUUGUCCUGUACACGUCAAAGAUUUUUUUUCCUGAUCCUGAUUUCUUUUAACCAUCAAACUUAAAGCUUGUGUUUUUAAAUUUAAAGCUCCAGUGAGCUACGUUAUGUUUGUGUCCACUUUGGCGCCCCCUGUGGACAAAGUUAUACCUCCUGAUUGAUCUUGUCGUGUGCACAUCAAAUUUGCGUUUUCUGACCCUGCUUUCUUUUAACCAUCAAACUUAAAGCUCAAGUUUUAAAUUUAAAGCUCCAGUGAGCAACUUUAUGUUGGUGUGCACUUUGGCGCCCCCUGUGGACAAAGUUAUACUUAUUCGCUGUUUUUGUCCUGUACACGUCAAAGAUUUUUUUCCUGAUCCUGAUUUCUUUUAACCAUCAAACUUAAAGCUUGUUUUUUUAAAUUUAAAGCUCCAGUGAGCAACGUUAUAUUCAUGUCCACUUUGGCGCCCCCUGUGGACAAAUCAUACCUCAUCCAUGAUCUUGUCCUGUGCACGUGAAAGUUGCGUUUGCUGAUCCUGCUUUCUUUUAACCAUCAAACUUAAAGCUUAUAUUUUUGAUUUAAAGCUCCAGUGAGCAACGUUAUAUUCAUGUCCACUUUGGCGCCCCCUGUGGACAAAUCAUACUUCUUCCAUGAUCUUGUCCUGUGCACGUGAAAGUUGCGUUUUUUGAUCCUGCUUUUUUCUAACCAUCAAACUUGAAGCUCAAGUUUUAAAUUUAAAGCUCCAGUGAGCGACGUGACGUCCGUGUCCACUUUGGCGCCCCCUGUGGACAAAGUUAUACCUCUUUGCUAAUUUUGUCGUACACAUGUAAAAGUCGUGUUUUCUUAAUCUUGAUUGAUUUAAACCGUCAAACAUCCGAAUCAUUACCAAGUAGAAAGUGAACAAGGGUUUCUUUUCACCAUGUCGCCUGGUCUGACACCUACCCCCUUUUUACGGCGUUUUCAGACAUAAUGACGAUAUUUAAAUAUUCAGUCUUUUUUUUUAACGGUCUUGUUUUCUUCCUGAGGUCAUAUAAAAGCCUCCCUGUUAAUUUCAGACCUUAAAUAACCUUUAAAAAAAACUCCUCACUGGAGCUUUAAGUGACGUUUGCUGUGAUCUGAUUGGUUUCUGGGACCAUGUGGUCUGACGUGAGACCCACCAGGCUCUGUAGAUUUCAAAGGGAGACCAGUUUCUGAGCGUACCUGAAGCACACCUCCCCUCGGUGUGUCCACAGACUGAGUUUUUCUCUUUAUUUAUUCCACACUGAGAGUUUUUCUCUCUGACUGACGCCUCCACAGGAAGAAGAACUUUCACAGUUUUUGCGAGCUGACAGCGUGACGUUGUUUUUGAAGAUUUUUCAUGGACGGAUUUCUUUUCUACAAAUCCUCUCAUGCAGGUGAUCGUGUACAUUCUGUGUAAUAAUAAUAAUGAGUGAAGAAGAAGCUGCUACAUCCUCACCCCCCUGCCUCAUGGGACAGUUUCAUAUUUUAUUUCCUCUGAAGGAUUUUUGCUGAUUUUAAAAAAAUCCUCCAGAGAAACAGAAACAUGUUUAUUUUUAUCAGUUUUAUCAGAUAUUUGAAACUUGAGAUGCUCUCUUGGAAUGAGAGAAUAAUACAUCCAAGUUUCCUCAAAUGUAAAACAAAAAAAAGCUUUCUUUAUUUUCUUCUUCUUCUGGGUAAAUAUUAAAACUCUGAAUUAUCCCCAGAGCUGCAGAAAUCUAGUAUUUAGGGUCCUCAGAAACUGGAAAACUCAACUGAGUAGAAGUUUGAGCUCAAAUUAAGAUCAAAUUUUAACAUUUACUGAAAUUAUUAAAACUUCAAAUUCAUCCAAGACUUGAUUUCCACCCUGAAUAGAUUCAUCUGGAUUCAAAAAGUCCAGUUUGUCUCUUUCAAAUCAGACAUACGACUGAAGUAGGACUUUCACAUCCUGAGAAUAAAUCCAGAUUUGAGUCCAUCUACAGAAACUUUAAAUAUUUAAAAUAUAUCAAAAUUUAACAUUCAAUUAAAGCAGCUUAAUCUUGAAAACAGGAUAAAAACCUCUCGUGCCGAAGUCUGCACGGUGUUUGUUCCUGUUCUGCACAUAGAUGUAAUUGCAUCAGUGGUCCAGCAGAGGGCGCCCUUUCUGUUACUUCAGAGCAGCUCCUGCUGGAUGAAGACGCUUCAUGUUCAGAAGCUGAAUCUGAACAUCCUCUAGUUUCACUUUGAGGCUGCAAAGUCAUUAAACCUCAGUGAAAUCCUGUGAACACAAACUUUGUACUGAAAGUGUAUUUUCUGCUGAAGCUCCGCCCCUCUGUGACCUCACAUGUUGUUAUUUCAGAACCAUUAAAGCUACACAUACAGAGUGUUUUCCUUUGAA